AUGGAUCAGAUGAGGAAGUCCAUGGACGAGAUGUGGGAGAACAUGAGAAGGGUGAAUCCCAUAGAUGAUUUAGUUCAUCGAACAGACUUCCUUUUCACGGCUUCCAUCAAUAGUCACCCUUUGCCUCCUAAGUUCAAGAUGCCUUCCUUAGACUCAUAUGAUGGAACGCGUGACUCUUUUGAUCAUAUCACUACUUUCAAGACUACGAUGCACCUUCAAGGGGUUCCAGAUGAGAUUAUGUACGAGGCCUUCCCUACCACCCUCAAAGGGCCAGCACGAGUGUGGUUCAGCAAGAUACCUUCGAAUAUUGUAAGUUCUUUCAAAGAAUUAAGUAAGCUGUUUGUCAACAAUUUUAUCGGAGGACAAAGGCAUAAACGUUCAUUGUCCAACCUGUUAACCAUAAAGCAAGGGGAAAAUGAAAGCUUGCAGUCCUUCAUUACUCGUUUCAACAAGGAAGCCCUGACGGUGAACGAGAUAGACGACAAGUUGUUAUUGGUAGCCUUCCAUAAUGGAGUUAAUUCUAAUUUAUUCAUCUAUAAGCUUUAUGAGCAAGAGCCUCAAACCAUGGCUGAACUCGUCCAUUUAGCCCAAAACUUCAUGAAUGUAGAAGAUGCAAUUAUAGCUAAGCAAAGGAAGAGAGUCGAGUGA